AUGGCGCCCGCAGUAACAAUAGACAACACACCCGACUUCGACUUCAUCCCUCCCACCGCCACCAAACCCACCAUGCAACCGCAACAGCGCACCCUCCUCCUCGCCCCUCCCUCCAUCUCGUCACAUCCCGAACGCCUCUCCGCCGUCGCAGAAGCAUACGAUCGCAAUGCCACCGACAUUCAAAUGCUCGAUCGCCUCGCAAUGGGCCUUGUGUCACUCCCCGCCGCCACAUACGACGUCGUACUCCUGCUUACGGACGCCGAUAGCACGAGCCAGCGUCUGCUAGGAAGGGAAGUGAUGGAGCGCAUCAUGCCCGCGAUGAAGACUGGCGGGAGUUUGAAAGGUCAGAACGGCGCAUUGGGCGGCGCGGAGCAGACGGAAGCGAUUCUAGCUGGACUUGUACAGAGGGACGGCGAAGGGCUGGUGAAGCCUGAUUCACAAGCCGGCCAACAGACUGUGCGCCUAAGCUUCGGCAAGAACAAGAAAGCCAAUGCCGCAGCUGUGCCCGCCAACGCCGUCGAAGCUGUCAACACCGCCAAGCGAAAGAACGAAGAUAUGGACGUAGUGAACGGCAACGGUGCGGCGGCGCACGCGAACGGACGGCCCGUACGAGCGACACCAGCUGGUGUGGGGUUCAUUGACAGCAACGAUGAUUUCGACGGCGGGUUUGACGACGGGAGCGGGUAUCACAGUGAAGAGGAUGAGAUGGAGCUGCCGAGUCAGGAGGAGUUGGAGCGGGCGGAGAGAGUGGAUCCGGAUAGUUUGUUGACUGAGGAGGAUCGGAUGAAGCCGUUGAACAUUCCCGAAGCCUGCAAACCCAACACCAAGCGCCGCCGCGCGUGCAAAGACUGCACCUGCGGCCUGGCCCAGCGCAUCGAAGCCGAGGACAAGACCAAACGGGCGGACGCCGACGCGAAUUUGGCGAAGCUGAACGCGGAUGAUUUGACCGAGGUGGAUUUCACGGUGCAGGGGAAGGUGGGCUCUUGUGGGAACUGUGCGUUGGGGGAUGCGUUUCGGUGUGAUGGGUGUCCGUAUAUUGGGCUACCGGCGUUUAAGCCCGGGGAGGAGGUGAGGUUGGUGAAUAAUGAUGUGCAGUUGUGA